UUACGAAGAAGAAACCAAGAAUUACGAAAACAAAGCAAGGAAAGAAGGCACGAGGAACCAGAGAGACGAAACAACAGAAGAGGAGGAAUGGAGGAGACAAGAAAAACAAAAAGAAGGGGAAGAAGCGGCGAAACCAGAAGAGAGGAAGCGAGAAAACAAAAUAAAUCAAGAAGAUGAGCAAGAGCUGGAGGCCAUCGCACCGGCUCCUCAGGGCGCGGGGCGGGGCGGGGGCGGCGGGGGAGCGCAGACUGUCCGCCGCAGCGCCCCCGAGACGAGACCUCCGCAAAGCCGCGAGGACUUCGAGGACGCCAGAAGCCGAAGCUCCGGAGGAACCGGCGGUGACGAUCCCGAAUUCAGACCAGAGGCCUUGGCGGAGUAUCUGGGGCAGCGACGCGACUUCCAAGCUCCCGAGGGCCAGAUGAGAGCUCAGUUCUCUUGGCAAGUCAACCGGGCAUUAGCACUCCUCCCGCAUAUCUUUUGUUUGAGGGAUGAAAAGAUUGCGUUGCGGCCGAAGAUCAGAGUCUGCUCGGCUUAUACGUCGCGCAAUGGGUGCACUGACCGUUCAUCAUGCAUCAACAUUCAUAUCUGCCCCGACUUCAUUUUUGGUGGCUGUGAGAAUGAAGACUGUGGCAUGGGGCACAAUCUGAGCACGAAGCAUAACACCAAGGCAAUCCAAGCUUUUUAUCUAGAGAAUUUAAGUGACGGACAACUGGUUCUUCUUGUUAAAGAGAAUGGAAAAGCAUUACAACAGACGCCAUACAGUUUUCAGGAUUCUUCCCAGAUUCCUGAGAUAUGCUCUGCGUCUGUGUCAGGGCUCUGUGAUGUUACUGGUUGCCCAAAGUUCCACUCAAAGAUCCACUAUCAUUGGCAAAUGACCAAAGAUUUGAAGACUUGGUUUAACUUCCCGGAGGAGCAAGUUCUGUUUCUCGAAGAACGCUUCUGUAAUCCUGAGAAUGACGUUGUUAGAUUGGCAGCAUAUGAUGAUCCCUUUCCUAACAGAGACCUCGACUUUCUGCUGGAAUACAAAUCUUGGGAUAUAGCCUUCAAAAACACGACCUGGAAAAAUAAUCAUCCUGUAAUUCCUAUUCGCUGUGAAGAUACAACAUAUCACAUUCGGAGAAUUUGCACCGAGAGAAGUCCGACAAAGAAACUCAGAGCAAACAGAUUCAUUUGGUAUUUCCAAAAUGGCUCGCGGAAUUGGGUUUCGUUUGACGCUGAUAACAAUAACAGACUGGAAGAUGCUUACCAAAAGGAUCCAGAAGGAGUAGCGAAAGUAGAGACAAUGGAAUCCUUACACGAAGUGGAUUUCAGCAAAAUGAAACAGGAAAAUGUAACAGCUCAAAGUUUCACAGAUAUACGGCGGAGACCCCUGCGCUUUUUGCAACCUCAUUCGAGAUGAUAGAAAAGGAAAUCUAAAUUUGGGGAGAUAAUAUAUGUUGCACAUGUAUGAAUUCUAUUCUGGCAUAGAUACGCUAUGCUUGUGCAGUAAAUUUCAUAUCUAUUUUUAUAAGAAUAUGAAUAUUAAGAAAACAUGUCAGGUAUCAACUCACCUCUGACAUCUUUAUGAUUGCUUGUUUAGUCAAUAGAGUAUUAAUAAACUGUAUCAGUGCUUUUCAACCUUGAAAAAAUCUGGCAACCCUACAUCCAGAUUUGAGAUUAAAAAAUGCCAUCGGGAAACAUUUGUUUCGACGCAUUUCACAUUCAUAUAUUGUAAUUCCAUAUUUAGUUCAUGAAAACAUUGCGAUGCAUGUUCCCCUCCGGAGCCAAGGGUGCUUCACGUGUCUCUCUCCGGGGUCCGACAGGAAGUGAUGAAUCCUCUAUAUGAAUUGAAGCACACCGAUUACACUCGUUCCUGGAGUCCAAAUGAGCCGCAUUCAUGUUGACGAACGUAGAAAAGGUAGGAAUGAGAAUCAAUAUCUCCAUAAUGCAAGAUUUAACCGGUUUCGGAUAUAUUUUCGUCGGAAAUACAGGUAUUUUUGUCGAAGAUAUAUCGAAGCGUCAAAUACGUCUCUUGUAUUAUGAAGGUAUUCAUUCUCAUUCAUAACUUUUCUAUAUUGAGUCCAAAUUUGCCUGCUUUCCAGUUGCAUGGACUGAAAAUGGACGUGUUCGAUGCUGUGCUCGAUUUGGAAAUGAAACAAGGUUAAGAGAUUUACAAAUCUGCAUCCAGUUUGAAGCAGUCCGAGUUGAGCUCGCGGGUCUGACAAAUGCGUUCGCUUCCGACUAUCCGCCUCCCUUUACAUGGUCCACCCAGGCUAUGAACCGAAUUUCUACGGGAUAUUAAAGUAAGAGACAUCCUCAGACACGUCUUUGAUAUCAGAAUUCAUGAUUUCACCAUAUCUUCUGUACUUUUAUUUGAUAACUAUAUUUAACCAAGAAUUCAAAGAGAACAACAGAAGCGAAACACUGCAACCACAGACAGAAAACAUAAAAAGUCUUGUGUAUAUUCUGUUGUGUUUAACAUCUAACUCUUCAGCAGCCAGACGACCAAAGCGUCUUCGCAUCUUCGAAGGAAAGGCCUAUUUGCAAAUCUUGAUGGUAAGCCAUCCUUGAUGUAAACACAUUCAUAAACACUUGUUGUGUCCAUACCACACUGUAAGUAAUUUUGUAUUUGUGUGUAAUGAAAAUUAAAUGGUCA